AAUCUUCUCUGUAUGAGAAUAGUAACCUCCUAAAUUAAAGGCCAGACACGUUCGGACAGCCAGAAAUGUUUGUGAUUAUUUGUUUUCCAGCUGCGGACCAAAUACCAUAACUUUUCUGCAAUGUUUUUGGCAAACCAUAAUCCUGAGCUAAAACAGAUCCUUCACCUUGCCUAGUUAUCCGGCAUUAAUUUCAGAACCCCAAUUUACAACUCCAAAUUAGUCAAGUUACAUUAGGCUAAUCUGAUCAUAAACCGUUGGCAGACAGACAGUGAAUACUCAUAUGCCCUAUUUAUAGUUCUCUACUCACUGAAACAGUUCAUGUAAAGAAUUAUACACUUGUUUUCUUUGUGGAAAAUUCUCCAUCUAGCUCUUUGAACCAAAUUAAAGGUAUAGAAACAAACGGUUACACCCAGGCCAUAUUAUUUUUACAGCAGAAAAACCUGACCCUUCAUUGAAAAAACCCUAUACAUAGCACUACUUGAUAAUCCAUUUUACACCCAAACUAAUUCCGCUUGUUAAUCGGUCCCUUUUUUCUCUUUCUUUGCAUAAAUUUUCUACCCAAAAUCAUCAUCUUUCUUUUUCAUCUACGCCUAUCAUACAUGGCAGACACAAGUCCAUUGCUUCCAUUUUCCCAUUCUCUGGGCCCUGGUUCCACCUAUAGUUCUAUUAGAUGGAGAUCCAAGAUAGUACUUCUCUUGGUAUUUUCUGGUUUGUUUCUUGUUCCUUUAAUUGUAUCUAUAGCUAGUAAUGACAACGGAUUCAAACAACACGUCCAAUAUUUACAAGAAGAUGAUCAAAAUGUAUCUUUUUCUCCGCCCAAAGAAACGACAAAACCGCAAAUUUUGAGGCCAGGAUCACGGGGGGUGUCAGCUGGUGUGUCAGAGAAGGCCAACGUGAAUUUGAAGGGUGCACAAGAGAAGGGCUAUCCUCAGAACGAUAGCAUGUUGUCAUGGCAAAGAACUUCUUUCCAUUUUCAACCUGAAAAGAAUUGGAUGAAUGACCCUAACGGUCCUUUGUAUUACAAGGGCUGGUACCACUUUUUCUACCAGCACAAUCCACAUGCUGCAGUAUGGGGUGACAUAGUUUGGGGCCAUGCUGUAUCAAGAGAUCUAAUCAACUGGUUCCACCUCCCAUUGGCAAUUGUUUCCGAUGAAUGGUUCGAUAUAAAUGGUGUAUGGACUGGCUCGGCGACUAUUCUUCUUAAUGGUAAAAUUGUCAUGCUAUACACAGGAUCCACUAACGAGUCAGUACAGGUACAAAAUCUUGCCUAUCCAGCUGAUCACAAUGAUCCUCUCCUCCUUAAGUGGGUCAAGUACUCUGGCAAUCCAGUUUUAGUCUCACCACCAGGCAUUGAUCCCAAUGACUUCCGUGACCCGACAACAGCUUGGUACACUUCUGAAGGGAAGUGGCGCAUCACAAUAGGGUCAAAAGCUAACAAUACUGGCAUAGCUUUAGUCUAUGAUACUGAAGACUUCAUAAAUUUUAAGUUAAGUGGGGUACUUCAUGGUGUCCCUGGAACUGGAAUGUGGGAGUGCGUGGAUUUUUACCCUGUGUCGAAAACAGGUCAAAAUGGAUUGGAUACAUCGGCUAAUGGUCCUCAUGUGAAGCAUGUGGUGAAGACAAGCCUAGAUGAUGUUAGGAAGGAUUCCUAUGCCCUUGGGACAUAUGAUGACAAGACUGGAAAAUGGUAUCCAGAUAAUCCAGAAAUUGAUGUUGGUAUCGGAAUUAUGCUCGAUUAUGGUAUGUUCUAUGCCUCCAAGACCUUUUAUGAUCAGGAUAAAGGAAGAAGAGUGUUGUGGGGUUGGGUUGCAGAGUCUGAUACUGAAGUUGAUGACGUAAAGAAAGGAUGGGCAUCUCUUCAGGGCAUUCCAAGGACUAUUCUGUUGGAUACAAAGACUAGUAGCAAUCUGCUUCAAUGGCCAGUAGAAGAGGUAGAGAGGUUAAGACUAAAAGGCAAGGAAUUCAACAACAUAGAGGUUAAGACAGGGUCGGUUAUGCCGCUUGAACUUGACGGUGCCACACAACUAGACAUUGCUGCUGAGUUUGAGUUGGACAAGAAGGCCUUAGAGAGCACAGCUGAAUCCAAUGUGGACUUCAGCUGCAGCACCAGUGGUGGGGCUGCUCAACGUGGUGCAUUAGGACCGUUUGGUCUUCUGGUUCUUGCAGAUGACAGCCUAGCUGAGCACACUUCUGUAUACUUCUAUGUUGCUAAAGGAAAUAAUGGCACCCACAAAACUUUCUUCUGCACUGACCAGUCAAGGUCUUCAGUGGCAAAUGACGUUAAGAAAGAAAUUUAUGGAAGUUAUGUUCCAGUUUUAGAGGGUGAAAAAUUAUCUGUUAGGAUACUGGUGGAUCAUUCGAUAGUCGAAAGUUUUGCUCAAGGUGGUCGGACAGUUAUCACAUCACGGGUUUAUCCAACAAGGGCAAUCUAUGGUGCUGCUAGGCUUUUUCUAUUCAACAACGCCAUUGAGGCUACCGUCACUUCCUCACUCAAGAUAUGGCAAAUGAAUUCUGCAUUUAUACGCCGUUAUUCUAACGAACAGUAGCUGCUACCUUUAGUCUACCUAAUUUGCAUCCAUCUGUACCAUAGUUUUCUUUUCUUUGUAAUGCUUUUUACCCAAAUUUUGAAUAACAUUAAUUUCUUCUUUUUUUUCCUAUCAAAGAGAAAGGUAAAAUGUAAUAGGAUUAUCUUCAAUUGGUUCCUUUUUCUUUUUUAA